CACACCAGAGGGAUGAAUGACUUCAGCGGAGUGCAGAUGGUCUGUGGACAGGAUCUGUGAGGCUGUUUGAUCAAGACUCGUCCACUGCGGGAUGAUGGACGCACUGCAAAGUUUCAGAAGGGAUUCCCCUCGGGACCUAAACGGCACCGCUGGCCCCGUAGUGGACACGGUGGCCCCUUGGAACUACAGCGAAGUCAACGCCUACAAGCUAGUGGACCGCCCGCCGUUUUCCACCACAGUGGCGAUGGUGCAAGAGUCCCGCCACCCUUUCCCCACGGUGGAUGUGCCAGACCACGCCCACUAUAUCAUCGGCUCAGUCAUUCUGGCUGUCGGCAUCACCGGCAUGGUGGGGAACUUCCUGGUCAUGUAUGCCUUCUGCAGGAGCCGCAGUCUUAGGACGCCCGCUAACAUGUUCAUCAUUAAUCUGGCUGUCACGGACUUCCUCAUGUGCAUUACCCAGACGCCCAUUUUCUUCAUCACCAGCAUGCACAAACGGUGGAUCUUCAGUGAGAAAGGCUGCGAGCUGUAUGCAUUCUGUGGCGCUCUUUUCGGGAUCUGCUCCAUGAUCACCCUCACGGUCAUCGCCCUGGACCGAUACUUCGUGAUCACGCGCCCGCUGGCCUCCAUCGGGGUGAUGUCACGGAGACGCGCCAUGCUUAUCCUGGCUGCCAGCUGGGUCUACUCCAUGGGGUGGAGCCUGCCCCCUUUCUUUGGUUGGAGUGCCUAUGUCCCGGAGGGCCUGCUCACCUCCUGCUCCUGGGACUACAUGACCUUCAGCCCCUCGGUGCGCGCCUACACCAUGCUGCUGUUCACCUUCGUAUUCUUCAUCCCCCUCUUCAUCAUCAUCUACUGCUACGUCUUCAUCUUCCGCGCCAUCCGCGACACGAACAUGGCGGUGGGUAAGAUUACUGGGGACAACACCAAAGACUCAAUUAAGAAAUUCCACCGCAUGAAGAACGAGUGGAAAAUGGCGAAGAUCGCCCUCAUCGUCAUCCUACUCUACGUCAUAUCCUGGUCCCCCUACUCCUGUGUUGCCCUGACAGCUUUCGCAGGAUAUGCUGAUAUGCUCACCCCUUACAUGAACUCUGUACCAGCGGUGAUAGCCAAGGCCUCAGCCAUCCACAACCCCAUAAUCUACGCCAUCACACACCCCAAAUACAGGUCAGCCAUUGCUAAGUACAUCCCGUGUCUGGGCGUGAUCCUGUGCGUGCCGAGCAGGGACCGCUUUGCCAGCAGCAGCUUCAUGUCCACGCGCCGCUUCACCGUCACCAGCCAGUGCUCUGAGAACAGCAACCAGCGCAGCGUCAAGCCCCGCCUCUCAUCCGUCUCCGACAGCGAGUCUGGCUGGACGGACACGGAGGCGGAACUCUCCAGCAUGGGGUCGCACCCCGCCAGCCGGCAGGUCUCCAGCGACACCCGGAAGUACACGCAGGAGAUGCCCCAGUGCAAGCCCGCCAACUCUCUCAAGGCCAAGAUGAAGGGCCGGGAGCUGGGGAUCUGCGAGAAGGCCUCUACGGGCACAUACGACAUCUCUAUGGCUGAAGUGGGCCAACUGAGUCAUAGUUCACCUUUAAUGGCUGAUGAAGGGGUGGGGCUUAAUGCAAUCUCCGGGCAGAUACCUUGCAUCCUCGUCACCGCAGAGUCUAGCCCAGCCCUCUUGCCGCACAGAUCAAGCAGCCAUGGUUCCCGCUCCAAAACAACCAAUGGGGAACUGGGGGCAAGGCCAGUCACCGUGGAGUCGCUGGGAGGCCAACAGGGUUCACUUCUCCCUUCCACGGGUCAGGUGGAAAACAUCUGAAAAAGCCCACAUCACCUUUUUGGCUCAUACGGAGCUAUACUUAUUUAUUUUUUUAAAUAUAUGAUUGUGCAAAGUUGUUAAGGGGCUGUAAUCAGCAUAUACCUACUUCCACCUGAUGACUCCAGCCACUACCUGUGUUGUGUCUUCUUGUGCUUUCCCUGUUCAAUGUAAUACUGAAAGACAUUUGCACAGGUGCAGAAAAGGUGUGUUGCAAACCCCCCGUGGGGAAGCAACCGAUAGGUUGGCGGUGAGUGGAAUGCUGGUCCCGGCUGGACUUUGUGCAUUUAGGAGGGUCAGACAGCAGGCCGUGUAAAUUUUGAAAUUUCCCUGGUACAGCUGGUCAGAUUCUCAAAUACCAGAGAUGAGAGAGAGAGAGAGAGAGAGAGAGAGAGAGACCAAGAGAAUGUGAGAGGGUGAGAUUAAUGUGACAGUUUAUCUGUUACAUUGCAGGAGUCUAGUAAAACUGCUUUCUCUGAGCAUGACCUCCGGUCCUAACUUUAGGACAAUAGAUUUAAAUAAGAAGGUCAUACACUAGCCAGUGGCUCAGUAGCCACCAUAAGCUGAGUAUUCUUGCCUCCGCCCCCACCCCCAACUUUGGGCAGCUUUAAUAGUUCUUGACCAAAAAGAGUAAAUAGGUUUAUUAUUUGUACUCGACUGCAGUCACAUUAGCAUAUUUUGCAUAUGCAUGUACGCCAUUGCUUGCACUCAAUUUAAAAAUGAGGUCUCAUGGUUACAGAGUUGACAAAAGGGCUGUUAUGUCCAGAUGUAUAAAAAUAGUCAAGAGUCGGUUGCUAUUUAAACCCCCCCCCCCAGUAUAUAACUGCUAUCUUCCCUCCACCCGGUCCUGGAUGGCUGAAAGGCUAGAGCCAUGCCUGUGCACAUGACUGCCCCAGGACUUUCACUGUGUGUGUGUGUGUGUGGGGGGGGGGGGUACAGAUUGAGACAGGCAGUGCAUAUUCCCCAGUUGAUGCCUGUGAGCCAGGGAUUGACCCCUGGAUUUCAGGAGUGGCAAUUUCAGGCUCAUUAUAACAAUUCUGUUACAGUAUCACCACUGCCACGCCCCCACGCCCCCCCCCCCCCACCCCCCACUCCCCAGAAAACCACUGGAUUUCAACUUAGAGCUCCUGCUGCUGUCGCACCUCCUCUAAUCCACACUUUUACCUGAAAUGUUGUUUACCUAUGAAAGUGAUUACAAAGGUUAUUUUAUUGGGGCCGGGGAGUUUAUUUUAAUAUUUGAAUUUUAAAUGUUUUAUUUUUCUACUGUCAUUUUUUUCCUUUGUGCGCAGGUGUGCGUGCGUGCGAGCAUGCGUUGUUACAUUCUUUAUAUCAUUUUGUAGUGUAUCCACGUGCAAUCGUGCAGGGUGUGUAUGAAUGUAAUAUAAGAUGAGCCCUCCUCACAGUGGUACAGUACAGCAACCCUGACCAAUAUGAAUAUAGUGAUGGAAAUUACAUAUUUUUGUACCUUAUGUUUUGAAAUAUUAUAUUAAAAUGUUUUUUUUUUUUUUUUGUGCGUUGUGCAUGUGUAGAAUGUCCUUUUGUAAAACGCAAUAUGAUUUCUGUCCAUGGCACCUUUUAUGUCCUUUGGAAUGUGAUGUAGACAGUCGAAAUGUACAAGAUGUGCUUAGUGCUUGCGUAGUUUAUACAUGUUGUCAACUCUCUAAUGUAUUUCAGCUUCUGAAGCAGAUAAGCAGAAUGGGAAAAGGCUGGGCUUGCUGGAGAACAACUUGAAUUGUCUUAUUCCACUGUUGUAUCAUUAUCAUGUAAAACGUUUCUAUAUAAUGUUUAAAUUUUUUAAUAUGUUCUGCCGCCCGACAAGACAAACUUUAAUUUACCUAGAUGUUGGGACGCGGUUCAUUAUUUAAAGCUUCAAAGUUACAUACAUAGCUGUUACAGAGUUUCUUGGGACUUGCAAUAUGACUAUAAUAAUUUAAAAAAAACUUGAAUUGCCAAAUUAAAAUAUGAAUGGUCGAAAUCCAAAUAAAACCCCAUUCCUUUCAUUUCUAAUGGAAAAGUAGUGGACAGCCCUGGUUAUAGCCCACUUUGGUUGGGGGAAGAGGGCAAUAACAUUCUUUGGAGAGGCAAACAUAUUUUGGCCAGCAGCUUUUGUCUAUUGUGUAAGCUGUCUACUAGUGUAAGCAUUGACUAUAUUAAUCUGGACCUGAGGAAGACAAAGGUCUGCACGUGUCAUGAAUCCCAUAUUGGUUUUUUAUGAGAACAUUUUUAAGAACAAAAGUUUUGUGAAUGAGGCCCAAUGAGAGGACAUUAUGCCAAUUUUGUUUACUCCCGUUCCACAAACCUGGCGCCUUGAUGGUUGAGGCCCAGAUGGAUGUAUUAUGCGGCAAUACGGUGCCAAAACAAACCUUUGUCCAUAUUAUGAUGUCAGCUACAUGUUUUUAUACAAGACAUUCUGAGGAACACCAUACUAAACGAGAGUAAUUACAUACAUUCUAAUGAAUCUUUAGUAAGUGCAAAAUGAUUAAAGAAAUGAUUUCUCGACCAAAGAUAUGUAAAUAAAAUGAACAUUUGUGAGAACAUAGCUUAGGAACAAAGAUGUUUGCACAAUAACCUUAGUUUUUUUAUGCCCUGAGUGAAACCAGCUGUAUUAAGUGAGAGGCCAGCCAGUGUGGAAUGAUCAAUGCAUCCCAAUUAGCUUGACGCAAUCAUUUAAAAUUCAGAAAUGGCAGUACUUUUUCCAAAAAGACAGGGUUCAAUUUAAGCACUACUCUAGGGGAUCAUAGGUCAUCACAACAAAGAAAGUACAAAAAUUUAAUAAAGUGACAACACUACUGAAUAAAGUGACUGUUACAACUAAUCCAACAUCAGCUACACAUGCUUAAAAGAGCUAUGUUAUCGUUCUGCUUCAUGAUUGGCAAAAUGCACUGACAGACAGCUAGAAAAUGUUUAAUGUACAACUUGUCCCAUUUAAGCUAAACCCACGUAACUAAAUUAUGGUAGCUUGCUUGCUGUAUAAUAAUCCAUCCAUCCAUCCAUUACCUAACCUGACAGGGUCGCGAGGGGUGCUGGAGCCUAUCCCAGCGUGCAUUGGGCAAGAGGCAGGAAUACACCCUGGACAGGGUGUCAACCUAUUGCAGGGCACACACACCAUUCACUCACUUGCUCAUACCUACAGGUAUGGGCAAUUUAGAGUCUCCAAUUAGCCUACCUGCUUUUCUUUGGACUGUGGGAGGAAACCGGAGUACCCGUAUUGCUUUACUGUAAUUCAAGCAACCCAACCAGAUUGCAGAAUUAUUUUUAUUUAUUUAUUUAUUUUAAAUGUGUAAGUCAGAUCAAUUAAUUUGUGGUUGGAAUAUCAGCUAAUAAGCAUAGACACUGCACGCAUAUAUUACAAAAACUAAAAUAGUACCCUCUGUUCUAACUGUACCAGUAAAUAUCCUGUUUUUAUUGACAACCUCAAAAAGCUCUGCAGGUCCUUGGCAUUGUUUUGUUGGCCAUGGCCCAAAGCAAGCUUGCCUGUUAGCAUGCUGCUAGCGUUAACGCCGCAAAUAUCUCAUAAAUCACACCACACCCUCUAGCCCAGCUACCAGCAAUUUAUUCUUCAUCAUAGCCUCCCCUACCAAUCUUUUUUUGUCUUUGGCAAUCAAAAGCGUGCAUUGAACUUGAAGUACACUUUAAGAUAUCUGCCUAUAGCGUGCAUGCUGACAAGCAUGCCAAUAUGAUAUUGGAUACUAGAACUGCUGCAUUGUUUAGGGAAAAUGUUCCCUUUUAUGUUAUUUUACAGAAUUGCCUUAUUUUAACCAGGGGAUGGCUUUUUCUACUUCUGUUAACGGCACUCCCCUGUUGAACGACUGAACUAUUAUUUAAAUUUUGGGCAAAGCAAAAAUUUGGAGGGGCAAUGGAGUUUCUGAUUAUUUGGUUCAACAUGCAGAAGAUUAUGGCAUCUACAAAAUCCUGUCAGGCUAAGAAAGACCAUGCUUUUAGAUUAUAAUUUAAUAUAAGAAAGCUUCAGCUAGUUCUCCUCUAUGAAAUCAAAUCUAAAUAUUUCCAUUUGAAUGUCAUUUUACACAUUAGACAUCAGUCUGUUUUUAAUUGGAACUUCAAAUGAAAGUUUUUGCAUGUAAUGUACAAAAAAUUUUAGUCAGACACACUGAGAACAUUCCAUUGCCAUAUACUGUAAAUCUACGAUACCACAAAUGACACAGUUCCUUGGAGCUGAUUAACUUUCUUUUAACGUAUUCGUCCCUGUUACAGACUAAUUUUGACAACUUGUCAGAUUGUAUGCAUAAAUCCAGUGUCUACUGUUUGUGAAGCCAGGGUGGAAGUAGGGGAAGUAAUUUCAACCGCAUUCUGUAAUAUUUGUCAUUUAAUUCAGAGCCUUUGUUGCACACAAUAUGUCAAAGUGACUUCAGCUGCACAAUUAGUCUAUUACGCUGAUGUAAGUUGUAUUUUUAUUUCAAUCUUGGUGUAAUUUAAAAUCAUGACCUGCCAUUUUUUAAAUAAAGGUAAG